AGAAACUCCCCCAUUGAAAAUGAAAAUAUUUCUCUCACUGAGAGCGACCGAGAGGGAGAAAUUAUCAAAAUUACCAAAAUAUUUUUAUAAAUAAAUAAAUUAAAAUUGCAUUCUAAAUUUCUUGGGGAUGUAUGAAUUGAAAGUUUUGAUUUGGAUUGAAAUGAGCAUUUGUUGAUUAAAUUUCUGAAAACAGUCCAUCUUUCGUUCUUCUUCUUCUCUCGCGCCGGUGUUUUUGUGUUGUAAUUUGUGUCAAUGGCCGACCAAUCGGACGCGUCGCCGCUUAUGGCUCCGACGCCGGUGGAGCCCAGCGAGAUCGAUCUGGAGGCCGGCCCCGGCGAACAAAUUCAGUGCCGUAUCUGUCUCGAAACCGAUGGUAGGGAUUUUAUUGCUCCUUGCAAAUGCAAAGGAACUUCAAAGUAUGUACACCGAGAAUGUUUGGAUCAUUGGCGAGCUAUAAGGGAAGGGUUUGCAUUUGCUCAUUGCACAACCUGUAAAGCCCCUUACCAUUUGAGAGUUCAUGUUGCUGUUGAUAGGCGAUGGCGAACCAUGAAAUUUCGCUUUUUCGUGACGAGAGACAUUUUAUCUAUAUUUCUGGUUGUCCAGAUUGUGAUUACUUCACUGGCAUAUUUGAUGUAUUUAAUUGAUAAUUACCAGCAAUCCCGGCUUCGUGUGGCUUGGGGUUUUGAUAGUGAGCUCAGUUUCUACUACAUAUGCGGAGCACUACUAUUUUUUGCUUUGCUGGGUCUAUCUGGAUGCUUCAUUACUUGUUAUGAUCGAAGAGUGCGCAAUGAUUUGGCUCAACCUUGUCAAGAAUUAUGUCUUUGUUGCUGUCAGCCUGGAAUAUGUGCGGACUGUCAUUUGCCUGGAACUCUUUGUAUGUGGACUGAUUGUACGACAUGUUUUGAAAGUUGUGCAAGUACAGCCAGUGAAUGUGGUUGUUUAGGAGGUGCUGGUGAAGCAGGGCUACCUCUACUGUUCAUAAUGGCUUUGAUUGUCUUAGGACUGUUUACUGUGAUUGGCAUAUUUUACAGUGUUUUGGUGGCUACUAUGGUUGGACAACGAAUUUGGCAGCGGCAUUAUCAUAUACUCGCAAAACGCAUGCUAACAAAAGAAUAUGUUGUUGAGGAUGUUGAUGGUGAGAUGACGGGAUCUGAUUGGGCUCCUCCACCUCUCCCACCUGAGCAUGUUCAGCAACUGAAAGGACUGGGCCUCCUAUGAACUUGAAGGAGUCCUUGUCAUGACUGACAAGAAUAAGAUAGUGCAAUGAUGGACUGACUUGUCUAUUUCGGCAGGCCACUCUACCAUGGGCUUUUAACUCAUAUACAGAGGCACGAUUCUUGUACAGUUGCUGGGUAAGAAAUUUUGAAGGCACUGUUGAUGAUAUUCAGUUUAUAUAUGAAUAUGCUGUGAUUAUCUGUGAAAAUAUCCUUGUAUUUUCUUUUGCCAUGUACUCCCUUAAUUGUGAAUGUGCUCUUCCAUGAUUGUAAGGAAACUGGAUUAAGUAAAUUCAUGAAUAACUGACAACAGGAUUUUCAAUGAUACAUGGCUUUUAACCCA